ACUGGAGCCAGUAACCACACGCGGCUCAAUCACGACAUUUAUUCGGCGUCCACUAUGCAUCAUCUCAACACUCUCGGUGUAAGGACGCCCAAACACAGUAGACUGUACUGUAAAUACUACACGUGCCCCAUCCACUCUACCUUACAGGAUUCUUUCCGCAAAUAACAUGGGUUAAGAGGAGGAUGUCUGGAUAAUUCAUUUCAACUCUUUGCAAGGAUGGGGACUCGGAUAUUGUUUUUUGGCAGAGGCAUUUUGACAAAGACGAAGAGAGAAAUCAAAGAAGGGCUUUAAUAUCAUCCCUCUACUCUUUCAUUUCCUUUCCUUCUUUUCUUUUUGAGAGAUGAUCGCAGAGUUGGUGUGCAGCGCCGUGGCACUGCUCCUGUAUGUCAACACACUGGACGCCGAUUUCUGCUACGAUGACAGCCGUGCUAUCAAGACCAACCAGGACCUUCUACCCGAAACGCCUUGGAUCAACAUCUUCUACGAUGACUUCUGGGGGACACUUCUCACCCACAGCGGUAGCCAUAAGUCCUAUCGCCCACUCUGCACGCUCUCCUUUCGACUCAACUACGCCCUGGGUGCCUUAGAUCCCUGGGGUUACCACCUGGUCAAUGUGGUUCUACACUGCGCCACGACUGCCCUGUUCUCUAGCCUCUCAAGCCUGCUGCUGGGGUCGGGUUGCUGGAGCCUGCUGGCUGGGCUUCUCUUUGCCGCUCACCCCAUCCACACCGAGGCCGUGGCGGGUAUCGUGGGCCGGGCCGACGUGGGAGCCGCCCUCUUCUUCCUUCUGGCCCUGCGCUGCUACAUAUGCCACUGUACCCCGAGGACGAGCGGUGCCCACGGGCGAAGCUGGACGUGGUUCUUGGGCACCUUGGCAUGUGCUUCGUUCAGCAUGCUAUGGAAGGAACAAGGCGUGACGGUGCUGGCUGUGGCUGCCAUGUAUGAUGUGUUUGUCUUCCACAGGUUUAAGCUGCAGCAGGUUCCUGCUCUCUUCCAGAAGAAGAAGAACCUGCACCUGCUGUUGAGCGUGUUCCUGCUGGGCUUCUGGGGUAUCAUCCUUCUGGCUUGCCGUCUUUACUGGAUGGGCAACAAACCUCCAAACUUCUCCAACUCGGACAACCCUGCAGCAGAUUGUCCCUGUUUCCUGACUAGAAUGCUAACGUUCUUUUUCCUCCCCGCCAUGAACAUUUGGCUCCUCCUGUGCCCUGACAUGCUAAGUUUCGAUUGGUCAAUGGAUGCCCUGCCUCUUCUGAGGAGCAUUGCAGAUUGGCGAAACCUCCACACCUUUGCCUUCUACAUCUCGCUUCUGACGCUGGCGUGGUUUGGACUUCGCCAAUACCCAACCAAAAGUAAGGAGACCAACGGAAAAGCCCAUAAUGUAGCAAACGGGAAGUCCACGAAUGGACACAGUUGUAGCUCUGAUUAUGAAAACUCGACUUUUUACUCGAACUCAGUGCACGUGAAUGGAACAAACGGCACUGCAAAACACUAUUCAUCAUCUUUACCCACCACAGAGAGUUUGGUGGUCUUCUCAUUGGGUCUACUGGCCAUUCCCUUCCUGCCUGCUACCAACCUGUUCUUCUAUGUGGGCUUCGUGGUGGCGGAGCGAGUACUGUACAUCCCUAGUAUGGGCUUCUGCCUGUUGGUAGCAGUGGGGAUGAGAGCUUUGUACAUAAGAUUGAGGAGGAAGUCCUCCAGAACUUUGGUUCUAGGCUGCUCUGUUGCCCUGGUCCUUCUCUUUGGGAUUAAGACAGUGUUGAGGAACCGUGACUGGCAGAACGAGGAGAUGCUAUACAAGUCAGGAAUAUCUGUGAACCCUGCUAAAGCCUGGGGUAACUUGGGAAACGUCCUCAAGAACCAGGGAAAGGUGGCGGACGCCGAGCGGGCCUACAGGAACGCUCUGUACUACCGGAGGAACAUGGCUGACAUGUUGUAUAACCUGGGUCUAUUGCUCCAGGAAAACAAUAGAUUCUCAGAGGCUCUCCACUACUAUAAGCUGGCCAUUGGAAGCAGGCCAACGCUGGCUUCCGCCUACUUGAACACAGGAAUUGUCCUGAUGAACCAGGGCCGUCUAGAGGAGGCCAAGCGAACUUUUGUCACUUGUGCCGAUAUCCCAGAUGAAAACCUGAAGGAUCCUCAUGCACACAAGAGCUCAGUCACCAGCUGCCUGUAUAACCUCGGAAAGCUUCUUCAUGAACAGGGUCACCAAGAGGAGGCCAUAUCAGUAUAUAAAGAAGCGAUACAGAAGAUGCCCAGGCAGUUUGCCCCACAGAGCCUUUAUAAUAUGAUGGGAGAGGCCUACAUGAGGCUGAACAAACUGACAGAGGCAGAACACUGGUAUAAGGAAUCUCUCCGAUCCAAACCAGACCAUAUACCUGCACACCUCACUUACGGCAAGCUCCUGGCUAUGACGGGUCAGAAAACUGAAGCGGAGAAGUUCUUUCUCAAGGCGAUCGAACUCGAUCCUACUAAAGGAAACUGCUAUAUGCAUUAUGGUCAGUUCUUGCUGGAGGAGUCGCGGCUUUUGGAGGCUGCCGAAAUGGCGGAGAAAGCCGCACAGUUGGACAGUGAAGAAUUUGAUGUGGUUUUCAGUGCAGCUCACAUGCUCAGGCAAGCCAGCCUCAAUGAUGCCGCUGAGAAGUACUACGGACAAGCAGCCAGCCUGAGACCCAAUUAUCCCGCAGCCCUCAUGAACCUCGGAGCUAUUCUCCAUCUCAACGGCAAACUCCAAGAAGCGGAGGCCAAUUACCUGCGAGCCUUGCAGCUGAAGCCGGACGACACCAUCACUCAGUCCAACCUGCGGAAGCUGUGGAACAUCAUGGAAAAACAGGGCUUAAGGACCUUGGCUCCUUGACUUGGACAGAUUUUUAUCGAGCACCUUCUCUGAGGUUGUAAAGAUGUUCUCUGAGCUCUCAGUAAUGAGGUAAUCGACAUCCUAGGGCUGACAAAGAACGUCUUCAAAACCUAGGUUACCUCAUGGGACGCUUAAACAUGAGAGCGGCUUCGUCUGGUAAAACAAAGACAUUAUGGAACAAUCUAGAACUGCGGAGCUCCUCAGACAUGUCGGGAGUCCUUAACUUGAAGUGGCCCAUAGAUACAUACUUGAAGUCUCAUGAUAGAUUAGAUGUUAAUUAGUUAGUCAAUGCUUAAUAGUCUUGAAGGGCAAUAUUUGCCCUGAGACUGAGAAGGAAUUGAGAGUGCUACAACCCCCAUGAGGCUAUACUCUGCAUGUACAGUACAUUUAAAUGUCAUCUCUCCAUUCAUAUGAUUGGAAUCAUUAAUAUUUAAUGAGCACAUCAUGGCUGAUGGAAACAUGUGGAUGCAAAAACAAUUCAUAUCGUCUAAACAUCAUCAAAAUAAUUAGGGAAAUAGCCCAAACAUGUCAUAAGUCUUUCUAACUGUAAAAAACAAACACCCAUUGUAUCAAAAUCAUUGGUUUGUGAGGUUGUAGACUUAAUGACACUGUACAUAUGAGCACAGAUGAUAUGUGAAGUUUGGUUUGGGAUGCAGAAUUUUUAGCGAAUGCUUAUAUACGUUCCGUCAAUGUUUUGUCAAUCCAAACACGACACGCCCACGGCACAAGAUAACUAGCGGUUGGUAACUUCUGGGAUCAAGAAAUUGGAUCCAUUUGCUGUAUCUUGCCAAAAAUGACAGGAAAGGAACAUUCGAUAAGCUAUGUAGCCUGAAGGAAAUUAGCAAGCUUUGCCUUACUUUGCAAAAAAACUGUUCUGUUACAGAAAGAUUCAGCGGAUUUGAUUUCUUUGUUGCGUUACUAAUUAAAUUGCGGAUGAGAAAUGUUCAUUUGUUAGAAUAUCACAUUUAGCAGAGUGUGUAUAUUCACAGUUACACAACCAUUCAAAAGUUUGGGGACAGUAAGUUUUCUUUCUUCGAAAGUGACAGUAAAGACAUUUAUAAUGUUACAAGUGAUUUCAAAUAAAUGCUGUUCUUUUGAACUUUCUAUUCACAGUUUCUACCAAAAAUAUAACAUUGGUAUUAAUAAGAACUGUUAUUUGAGCACCAAAUCAGCAUAUUAGAAUGAUUUCUGAAGGAUCAUGUGAUACUGAAGAUUCAACUUUGGCAUCACAGAAAUAAAUUACAUUUUAAAAUAAAUUACAAUUUAUUUUAAAUUGUAAUAAUAUUCACGGUAUUACUGUUUUUACUGUAUUUUUGAUCAAAUCAAAUGCAUCCUUGAUGAGCAUAAGAAAAUAAACAUUAAAAAAUCCCAAACUUUCGAAUGGUAGUGUUAAUUAGAUCUAAACAUUAGGACCGUGGACAUUGACUAGUUCUGCUGGUAAUGUCCUUUUGACUGAAUUGGUUCAACAGACCGAAAAUGCAAAGUUUUCCUAACCAAAUACUUUUACUUGCUGCACUCAUCUAACAAUAUACAGCCAUAGUUUUGUAAGGGAUUGUUUAUAUGUAAUGUUGGUUUAAUAUUUUUCUUCUAUGUUUGAGUGUAUAAAUGGAGCCUAAUAUAUAAAAUGACACGUUACACAGUAUGAUGUUGUUGCUCAAACACAGAAAACAUUGAGCCAGAAUCACAAUAUGCGAAUUAUUUGUUUAAACAUGUUAAGUUCAUUCAGCGAUUACUUUGUUUCAUGAUAGUCUUUAUUCAGUGUUUGUUCCUGAUCUUUAACUUGGUGCUCUUAUUUGAUGAUCCCAACUAUUUUUAUGAAGGAAUUGUGUGAUAUUUUAAAGAAAUAGUGAAAAUUCUGACACAAAAAUGAAAAUCUGUCUUUAUUGUCCUGCCCUCAAACCCACAUGACCUGCUUUCUUCUGUGGAACUCAAGAAAAACAAAUGUUGAAAAAAAAAAUCAUGUAUCUUUUCCAUGCAGUUACAAUGGAGCUUCAAAAAAAAGAUCCGUAAGAAAGCAUUGUAAAAGUGGUCCAUAUGACUCAUGCACUAUCUUCUGAAGCUGUAUGACAGCUUUUUGUCAGUAACAAAUAUAGGAAAGUCAUAUAAACCACUUUUAUUAUUAUAGUUCCUAUUCAAUCCAACAGCAUGGAAAUGAGCAACCACAUGUAUUUGGAAUGACAUGAGGGUGAAUAAACAACAGAAUGUUCAUUUUUGAGUGAACAUCCCUUUAAAGUCCUAACAAAUUCCAUGUCGGACAGCUGAGUCAGUAUUAACUUAUUCCUUUUUGUGUUGUCUUGAUGGGGGGAAAAAAAGAAGAAAACAGCUGGCUCUGUGUUAUAUGUCAAAAAUCUCUGAUUCAAGAUGCCCUUUUUUAAAACACAUUUUUGUGCUGAACUAAUUCAUCCAUUGUUUCAUUGAGACAUGUGUAAUGGAAGCAUUUUAAAGGGAAUAAACCCAGAAUUUGUCAUGCAUUCGUCUUGACGGUCUCUUAAAGGAUCUUGUUUCUUCACAUUUCUCUACUUCUGUUGUCGUCUUAUUCCUUCCAAAGUUACCGAACUCAAAUGCAAAUAAUAGUCAAUACAGUCUAAUCUUUCUAAUAAUAAUUAAUAUUAGACAGGUUAGAAAAAUAAACAAUAUAUAAAAUAGUAUUGGACAUUAUCAUGUAAUCAUAGAGUAUAUUAAAAGUAUAGUUCAGCCAAAAGUUAAAAUCCUGUAAUUAUUUACGCACCCUCAUGUCACUCCAAAUCUGUAUUAUUUUUUUUCUCUAGCAGAACAACAUGAUUGGAUCAUGUUUGGAUCAACAUGAGAGUGAGUAAAUGAUGAAAGCUUAGUCAAACCUCCCAUGUUGUCAAAGGACGUGCAUUCCUCAUAGUUAGCACAUUACCAUAGUAAACCAUUUGUAAUUUUAUUCAGUCUCGAUCGUAACGUAAUUGUGUCUUGUCUGUCCUCCACAGUGUAAGUUAACUGAGUAGUUUCUAGUGGUACUGGUUGUGACUGCAUCAAUACUGUGCUGUUUUUAGCUGUACCCAGUGUGUCUGUCAAGAUGAGUUUUCACAUCGACUCACACAGUGCAGACUUACACGACUAAGACACCUGCACCCCGUAGGAGUGAGUGUGUUUGUCUUUCCUCAGGGAUUUUGAGAGGUGGUGAUAUCGAGGUUGGUGCUCUCAGAGCAGAGAAAGAGUUUACUUAAUAAAAGAAAAAAGAAAAAAUUUUUUGGAACAGUGCAUUUGUAUAAAUUAUCAAGAUUUGUAGCCUUUCUUCUGUUUUUGUAUAAAGACUGACGUAUGUGCCAGAUAAGACUUUUCCCAAUGUCACGUUUUUUUCCAUAAUAAAGUACCCGGUGUUCUGCUCUCUU